AUGGCGAAUCCACAACUUCAUCUGCUCGAACUCAACGCGAAGACUGGAGAGGUCUUUCUUCGAUUGCGAAAAUUUCCAAACAUCAUCUUGACUCCGCCACGAUGGGAAGACGAACCUCUCCUUAUCCCAUAUCUAAAUGAUCCACGCGUGUGCGACUGGUUGUCCGGUCCACCGUAUCCCUAUACUCUCCAGGAUAGCAAGGACUUUCUUGCACGAAUCAAGCCUCCAGCAGACGAGGUCAUUCAGCAUCUUAAGGAUGCUGACCCAGCUGCAGCCCCGAUAAUUGUCGGGGAAUGCCCUGUAUGGUCGAUCCGGGAGGUCCGAGGUAGCGAAGAAGUGUUCUUGGGGGGCAUUAGUAUCAUCAGAUGCGAAAACGGAGAAUUGAUGGGGCCUAACGGGGUAGACUGGGAGAACAAGAAAAAGAGAGAGGAGGAAAAUAACGCUCUUGCUGUUGGCGACCCAAGUAUCAUUUGGACCAUCGGAGAUUGGUUGGCUCCUUCUCACCAUGGACGAGGGAUCAUGACGGACGUAAUCCGUACUUUGUUGAACGACUGGGCAGUCCCACGUAUGGGUGUCCGCCAUGUGUGGGCUACCGCAUUCACCGGCAACGAAGGGAGCGUCAAGGUGUUCCUGAAGAACGGGUUCAAGCUGGUCACAACGCACGAGAACCACGUCGUCGUGAAGGGAAAGAUGCGGGGUUUGCAUUUGUUGGAAUGGCAGUAUGAAGGAUAG